AUGGUUCCCGAAGUUUCGACCAAUUUACAGUCGAAACGGUCCGCGCUUCUACGCACAGCAGACGCUGGCAGUCGGGAGGAGGAAGUUGACGAGAUGGCCGUAAGCAGCGGGUCGCAGUAUGAGAAAAGCCGAAGAAAGAAGAAAACAAGGACGGUGUUCACACGAAGCCAGGUGUUCCAGCUGGAAUCGACAUUUGAUUUGAAGAGGUAUCUUUCCAGUUCUGAGAGGGCAGGUCUAGCGGCAGGUCUUCAUCUCACGGAGACGCAGGUGAAGAUUUGGUUUCAGAAUCGCCGGAACAAGUGGAAGCGGCAGGUGGCUGCAGAGUUGGAUGCCACCAAUAUCGCACGGGCCGCCACAACUGCUCAAAGAAUUGUUCGGGUUCCGAUUUUGUACCAUGAAAACGGCACGUGUGUCAACAGUUCUCGCGCUGCACCGGUAGGCCUAAACACGUGUUCUCUGUGUUUCCACCCCUCCUUGUCGUCGCUGGUGUCGUAA